AAUGUGACAACACUUGGCUGUGAGGCUUCAGAGCGUUGACAGCUCCAGGAUCGCCCGUGCAAGGGCGCCCGGGCUGACAAGGAAACCCCGGGGAUCAGGGCCUUCCCGUCCGGAUGACGCCUGCGGCCACAUUGCGCUCCUUAGCUAGCUAAUGAGCUAAGCUAACAGAUUCGAGAUAACUACGAUGCUAAAUGGAUAACUUAUCUUUGGCAACUUUAUUUGAGAUGUGUGGGAGUUGUUAGGGAGUGUUCUGUCACCGGAUGGACGGACAACAUCCUCUGUGAAAACUGCGGGAGGUGUUCUCCAGGCAUGAUGGAAGGACUUCACAGCCAGGCUUUAAGCCUGGACCCACGCAGGCAGGAACUGCUCGAGGCUCGCUUCACUGGAGUUGGUGUGGCCAAGAGUUCAGCCAACAGUGAAUCAUCCAACCAGUCUCUGUGCAGUGCGGGAUCACUCAGUGACAAGGAACUGGAGACACCAGAGAAGAAGUCCAAUGAUCAGAGAUGCAGGAAGAGAAAAGGAGACAUCUAUGACAGCAACAGCCAGGGAAAAGGGAGAGGGCAAAAAAUAAGUGAUUACUUUGAGUUUGCUGGCAGCAGUGGCUCUGGCACCAGUCCGGCCCGGGGCAUCCCCAUGCUGGUGCGCUCCUCUCCUCUGGUGAGCACCAGCAACCAUCUGUUUCAGCAAGGCAGUCCUUCGUCCACAGGCUCAGCCCACACAGACUCUUCAUCUUGCAGCUCUGUGAAGACAGCCCCCACACACUCAUACUCACACAAAGCCAUCCAGUCAGAGCUGACGCUGUUGAAACUGACAGCCCUGGAGAAGGACAAGCACUCUGACCUGGAGAAGAAAGAGGGGAGGAUAGACGACCUGCUGAGGGCUAACUGUGACUUGAGGCGGCAGGUAGAUGAGCAGCAGAAGAUGUUGGAACGCUACAAGGAACGGCUUAACAAAUGUGUGACAAUGAGCAAGAAGCUCAUAAUCGAGAAGUCAAAGCAGGAGAAGAUGGCUUGCAGGGACAAGAGCAUGCAGGAUCGUCUACGUCUGGGCCACUUCACCACCGUACGGCACGGAGCCUCCUUCACCGAGCAGUGGACAGAUGGAUAUGCCUUCCAGAACCUCAUAAAGCAGCAGGAGCGAGUCAACAUGCAGCGGGAAGACAUUGAGAGGCAGAGAAAGUUGCUGGGAAAGAGGAAACCUCCACCCAUGGUCCAGACACCUCCACCUAGCCUGGAACCAAACAAACGAAAGAGCAGGAGCAACGGCCAGGAGAGUGAAGCGUUGUCCCUGGCAGAAUAUCAUGAGCAAGAGGAGAUUUUUAAACUUCGAAUCGGUCAUCUAAAAAAGGAAGAAGCAGAGAUCCAGUCUGAACUGGAGCAUUUGGAGCGAGUAAGAAACCUGCACAUUCGAGAGUUGAAAAGAAUCCAUAACGAGGACAACUCACAGUUUAAAGACCAGCCCACGCUGAACGACCGAUAUCUGCUAUUACAUUUACUUGGAAGAGGUGGCUUUAGUGAAGUUUUUAAGGCUUUUGAUUUGACAGAGCAAAGGUUUGUGGCCAUUAAAAUCCAUCAACUUAACAAGAACUGGAGGGAAGAGAAGAAGCAAAACUACCACAAACAUGCCUGUAGAGAGUACAGAAUCCACAAAGAACUUGACCACCCGAGAAUAGUCAAACUCUACGACUAUUUCUCACUCGACACAGACUCGUUCUGCACAGUGCUGGAGUACUGUGAAGGCAAUGAUCUGGAUUUCUACUUGAAGCAGAAUAAGCUGAUGUCCGAGAAGGAGGGCCGCUCUAUCGUCCUGCAGAUUGUCAACGCCCUCAAGUACCUCAACCAGAUUCGCCCACCCAUCAUCCACUACGACCUCAAGCCUGGAAACAUCCUGUUAGUAAACGGCACAGCUUGUGGAGAGAUAAAAAUUACUGACUUUGGCCUGUCCAAGAUCAUGGAUGAUGACAGCUACAACUCUGCAGAUGGCAUGGAGCUCACCUCUCAAGGAGCCGGGACCUACUGGUACCUGCCUCCUGAGUGCUUUGUGGUGGGUAAGGAGCCCCCCAAAAUAUCCAACAAGGUGGAUGUUUGGUCAGUCGGGGUCAUCUUCUACCAGAGCUUAUAUGGACGCAAGCCGUUCGGUCACAACCAGUCACAGCAAGAUAUCCUUCAAGAAAACACCAUAUUAAAAGCCACUGAGGUGCAGUUCCCCCCCAAACCUGUGGUCACCACAGAAGCAAAGGCCUUCAUUCGACGUUGCCUGGCUUAUCAUAAGGAGGACCGUGUGGAUGUGCUGCAGUUGGCCAGCGACCCGUACCUUAUGCCCCAUAUUCGCAAAGCCCUGGCCAGCAGCACACCUCAGGCUCCUCCUCUUCCCUCCACUUCCGGCUGCUACGGCAGCAGUGCCUCCAACUGAAAAGAGCUGAAAAAAAGCGGAAUAAAACCCUGGUGAAGACAAAGCCACGCGGAGACAUUUCCACACAUGAUGAACUCCUCCUUUGCUCUCUUGAUCGGGAGCAGGCAGAGAGCAUGAUGGGAUGUAGGGAUCCUAAAAGUGUAAAUGCAACCAAAACGAUGGAUGACAUGGUGAUGUAGUAAGAAUCGUGCCCACCACGAUCAUCCAAGUGCUAAAAAAAAAAUGAAGGGCCAGUCUGUGGCUGUGGGCUCAGUAGAACCCAAAGAUAUGCCCAUAUGCAUGCACUAACAGAAACCUUUUAAGGGGCUUUUUUCACCCAAUAUAUAGUUUAAGCACCCGAAAAAUUGCACAAACGACAGGCUGAGAAGUUCGCCAUGUGUCAAAGAUCACCUGCCUGAGCUCUGUGGAAGGUUUGGAAGACAUUUCAUCCCAUUCUGCUUCAAAUGCAUCAUCUAUCAAACUAUUUCCAAGCUAACAUUUUCAGUUUCUAUAGUAUCCCUUAUAGGUUUGAACCUGUUUCUUUGAGGAAGGGCUCCUACAGGUAAUGAGGAAUGACUGAUGACCAAAGUUGAAGGCCUGACUUGUUGACAUGGCACUGUUAGAGGUUCAUAAAUGACUUGACACAGAAGAGGGCUGAUUCCGGAAAGAGUAUCUGGUUUUGACCUAUUUUAAAUAUUUUACUGGAUAACUGGAAGUCAGCUUAUUUUUAAUUAAGUCCAUAUUUUUCCAUAAAAUUGACCCCCCUCUAAAGUUUUUGUUAACCUUAUAGGGGGGCUGACUAUGAUUGAGUGCUGUAAUGAGUUAAGAUUACACAGAAAUAAUUAUGAAACCAUUAAAAAAACAUUUGAUGAA